AACCAGUGCUCCUUUGAGUUCAUGGUAUUAGUUUUGCUUAAUAGCUUGAGCAGUUAAUACUGUUGAAUUAGUUGUUCUUAAAGACUUGACACUCGAGGGGGUCUGCUUUAGUUUUCCAAAUUUUCUUUGCUUAGUACAAAGCCUACUUUGGUUAGCAUUUUGGUGGUGGCUAUAAGAAAAUAUUUAUUUUUAAGUUCUUUGCAAUUCUAGUGCGUAUUUCACCUCUUCAACUCCGUCAAUAUUUAUAAAGGAGAGGAAAUGGAUGAGAAGAACGAUGUUGAUAAGGUUGAUGAUGUGAUAUUGCCUGGUUUUCGGUUUCAUCCAACAGAUGAGGAACUUGUUGGGUUUUACCUCAAGAGAAAGGUUCAGCAGCGAGCUCUCCCUAUUGAGCUAAUCAAGCAAGUUGAUAUUUACAAGUAUGAUCCAUGGGAUCUUCCAAAGCUGGCAGCUAGUGGGGAGAAAGAGUGGUAUUUCUACUGCCCAAGGGACAGGAAAUACAGGAACAGUGCACGGCCAAACCGAGUGACUGGAGCUGGGUUCUGGAAGGCCACUGGGACUGACCGGCCGAUAUACUCCUCUGAUAGCACCAAAUGCAUUGGUUUGAAGAAGUCCCUUGUCUUCUACAGGGGUAGAGCUGCCAAAGGGAUAAAAACUGAUUGGAUGAUGCACGAAUUUCGGUUACCUUCUCUCACAGAAUCAGCACCACCAAAGAAGCUCUUAGAUAAAAACAUUCCUGCAAAUGAUUCCUGGGCAAUUUGCAGGAUAUUUAAGAAAACAAACUCUAUGGCACAAAGAGCUUUUUCUCACUCUUGGGUCUCUCCACUACCAGAAACUUUGGUAUCUGAUAUGUUCACUCAAGGUACAAACUGCACUCAGUUCAGUUCAGAGAACAUCUCUUGCGCAACUGAAAUUGGGUCUGCCAUCCAGUUUUGCAGUACUAAUGACUUACAACAAGCCCCUUCUAGCAGCUUCUCUGCUUUUGAUAUUCCUUCUUAUAAGCCCAUUAAUCCUACAGUCUAUAAGCCUUCCCUAUUUCCUGCUUCUAAUGGAGACCUUCAAAAUGGCUUCAUGUUCUCUCCACUUGUGUCAGGACCCAUGAAGUGUGCAGUUGAUACCACUUCCAUGCUUUUGAACCCUGCCUUAAUUGGUGAUGUGAGUAAUGCCUCUAGGACUACAGACUUCGAAGGGCCACCACAGCAGUUUAGUGGCUUCUCAAUCAGUUUGCCACAGGAGAUGCAAGAAAACUUGGGCACAGGAGAGGAUGUGUCAGGCCUCAGGAAGAACCAAGGUGCAGCCCUCAAUAACCAGUGGGAAACCAUCCAAUCAAUUGGAUUUCCCUUCAAUUUGCCUUCAAAUGAUGCUUGGAGGCCUAAUCUUCCAUGGGAUUCAGCUCCUUGUCCAAGUGAGAUGUCUACUAAUUACUCCACAAAUAAAUGCUAUACUUGA